CUGGCGGCGGGGCGGGCCGGGCCGUGACCGCGAGCGGGGGCCGGGUGCCGGGAGCCCGGCGGGCCGCGAACGCAGGCGCCGCGCCGGGGCCACCGAGAUUGGGUGCCCGGGAUGAGCUUCACCCGGAAAAAGGGCUUCUACAAGCAGGACGUCAACAAGACCGCCUGGGAGCUGCCCAAGACCUACGUGUCGCCGACGCACGUAGGCAGCGGGGCCUAUGGCGCCGUGUGCUCCGCCAUCGACAAGCGGUCAGGGGAGAAGGUGGCCAUCAAGAAGCUGAGCCGGCCCUUCCAGUCGGAGAUCUUUGCCAAGCGGGCCUACCGAGAGCUGCGCCUGCUAAAGCACAUGCAGCAUGAGAAUGUCAUUGGGCUCCUGGAUGUCUUCACCCCAGCCUCCUCCCUGCGCGGCUUCCAUGACUUCUACCUGGUGAUGCCAUUCAUGCAGACAGACCUGCAGAAGAUCAUGGGGAUGGAGUUCAGUGAGGACAAGAUCCAGUACCUGGUGUAUCAGAUGCUCAAGGGUCUUAAGUACAUCCACUCAGCUGGGGUCGUCCACAGGGACCUGAAGCCGGGCAACCUGGCCGUAAACGAGGACUGUGAGCUGAAGCAACUCUUUGUCCCUCUGUCCCGCGAGUCACAGAUCUUGGAUUUUGGGCUGGCCCGGCACGCAGAUGCUGAGAUGACCGGCUAUGUGGUGACCCGCUGGUACCGGGCCCCUGAGGUGAUCCUCAGCUGGAUGCACUACAACCAGACUGUGGACAUCUGGUCUGUGGGCUGUAUCAUGGCAGAGAUGCUGACCGGGAAAACUCUGUUCAAGGGGAAAGAUUACCUGGACCAGCUGUCCCAGAUCCUGAAAGUGACCGGGGUGCCGGGUGCAGAGUUUGUGCAGAAGUUGAAUGACAAAGCAGCCAAAUCCUACAUCCAGUCCCUGCCACAGAGCCCCAAGAAGGAUUUCUCUCAGCUCUUCCCACGGGCCAGCCCCCAGGCCACAGACCUGCUAGAGAAGAUGUUGGAGCUGGACGUGGACAAGCGUCUGACGGCCUCGCAGGCCCUCACCCACCCCUUCUUUGAACCCUUCCGAGACCCGGAGGAGGAGACAGAGGCCCCGCAGCCAUUUGAUGACUCCUUAGAACAUGAGAAACUCACAGUGGAUGAAUGGAAGCAGCACAUCUACAAGGAGAUUGUGAACUUCAGCCCCAUUGCCCGGAAGGACUCACGGCGCCGGUGUGGCAUGAAGCUGCAGUGACGUGCCCAGCCUCACCCUUAGCUGAGCCCAGGGACCACCACCCGGCACCACCUGCCAGACACUGCCCCUGGGACCGAUGUCUGUUUGUCACUACUACAGUUUCAGCUCUUCUUGGAUUAUAGCCUUCCAGGCGGAGGACACAGGGCCCUUGUCCUUGUGGUAGGAAACAGGCCUAGUACAUGCAGAAUUCAGGGAUGUUGGCUGGGAGAAAACAGCUCUGAUCACAACCAGCCACAUUAAAAUGCCAGUCUGGAGAAUC